AACGACGAAUAAAAAUAGACCAUGACGACGCCUCUAAGCCUCGUGGGCCAUUUAAUCUCAUGCUGUUGUCAUCCCCGCCCUACCUUUACGUUGUUCCCGUACCCGUAUCACGGCGCAUCGUAUAAUCUCAAUAAGCAUAACAACGCACCUUUUCUUUUAUUAAAAUAUUUUCUAGUUCUUAUUCUCCUCCCUUGUACGACAUCCCUUAUACUUGAAGAAAGCGGCACCCAACUUCCCCUCAUACAUUUGCUAUAGUCUAGUCUGCAGAGCUCACAUAACUCCAACUUGCCAUGCGGCCAACAAUAUUGACACUGGCGGCCACACUGGCUAGCCCAGCCCAGGCGGUCUUUUACAAAAUCGGCAACACUGCAGAGAUUAAAGAAUCGGCGCGGACAUUGGCAUACGACAUGUCCAGCUACUACAAGGGCAACCAGAGUGGCCAGACCGUUGGCAUCUUGCCUGGCCCUCCCGACCCGGGUAAUCCAAACGCGGGCGAUUACUUCUGGUACGUGGCAGGCGCCAUGUUCGGUACCUUUAUCGACUACUGGCACCUCACGGGAGACGACAGCUACAACAAGAUGGUCAUUGAUGGAAUGAUUGCGCAAAUUGGCGAGCGAAAGAACUACGAGCCCACCAACUGGACAAUAUCGCUCGGAAAUGACGACCAGGCAUUCUGGGGCAUGGCUGCUCUCUCUGCUGCAGAAAGCAAGUUCCCAAACCCGCCUAUAGACCAGCCGACGUGGAUUGAUCUCGCGCAUAGUGUCUGGAACAGCCAGCACAGCCGCCUUGACAAUUUGUGCGGCGACGGGCUGCACUGGCAGACAACACCGCAAAACAAAGGCUACAACUAUAAAAACGUCAUUGCAAACGCCUGUUUCAUCAACAUGGGUGUCCGCCUUGCCAGGUACACUGGAAACGAUACCUUUAUCCAGUCUGCUGAUGACAUUUGGGACUGGAUGUGGGGAUUGAACUACAUUGAUCACCAAACAUGGGCUAUCUAUGAUGGCGCCUACACGGACGAUAAUUGCAAAGAGGUGAACAAGGCUACCUAUAGCGCCAAUGGUGCUGUCUUGAUUGAAGCUGUGGCCUAUCUCUACAACUACACACAAGGCGCAGAUCGCCAGAAAUGGGGUGGCCGGCUGGACAACCUGCUGGACAAGUUCCUCGUCAACAAUUUCAACAACUCCAUUGCUUAUGAGCCCAACUGCGAGCCAUGGGACAAAUGCAAGACAGAUCAAAAGUGCAUGAAGGGCUACACUCAUCGAUUUCUCUCGGUAACGACACAAUUGGCACCGCAUACAAAGACGAAGAUUGCGCCCGUGCUACAGAAAUCUGUCGAGGCCGCUGUGAACCAGUGCACAGGCGGCCCGACAGGGCGCAAAUGCGGUUUCAUGUGGCGCGACGGCAUUUAUGUUGAUCCUCAAAAGAUGGCCGCCCCAACGACAGGAGCAUGCGAAACAAUGAGCGUUUUUGGCGCUGUCAUUAGUAUGCUGUAUGACAAUGCUCCGGCGCCGAUCACUCUAUCAAGUGGCGGCAUCUCCAACUCGACGAACGACAUUUACAAACAAAACUCACCGAUAGUGUUCAGUCCAAUCACAACAGCAGACAAGGCUGGGGCUGCCAUUAUUACCAUUCUUGUGUUGGUAGUUGGCAUCACCCCCAUGAUAUGGGCAGAUAGGUAAAGGCGUUACAAUCAGCGGAAAUUCGUUUUGUACAAUAACUUCAAGCCCUUCCAAAUAUACCCCUCGCGGCAUGUACAUAGAUGUGUGUAAAUUAAAAUUCAAUUUUAAUUUUAGUUAAUUAAUUUGUGAUAUAGACUAAAAAUAAAUAAUUUGGC